GUACGUUCUUCUCCGCCUAAGAUGCAUAAGGAAAACGAACCCGGUGAAUCAAUCUAUACGGAAAUCCCYGAGCAUCGAAACAAUGGUUGUAUUGCUGGAACAGCUGCUUCAUCUCAAGAAUUAUAUAGUUUUGCUUUUGAAAAUCCCGACACAGCAUACAAUCAAACAGUAACAGACGAAUCGUACGAAGAAACAGCCUCUGGGAUAAACGGUAGAUGUUCCGUUACUGACGAGCAGGGUUAUAUAAUGCCCAAGGAAGCGCGAGGAUAUAACAACACUAAAAUACAUAAAGAUCGAGGGACCGAAGUUCAAAACAGUGAGUAUGAGCGACCAGUGGACAAAGCUUGCAAUGUACUCGAAGGCUCCAAGGAACAGGAGUACAAUGUGCUUGAAGAUCCUAAAGUACAAGAAUAUAACGCUCUUGAAGAAUGCAAGGAACAGAUGUAUAAUGUACUAGAAGACCCCAAUGAGCACAAUAAUGGCGGAAAUCCACAUUUUAGGUCUGACCAACUAAAAUUCGAUUUAGAAAUGAUGAACAGAAGAAGACUGCCAACCCCGCCAAAGUUGUUGGAAAGCUCAGUUCCAGUACAUGUUGUAAUGCGUCCAAAUAGAGGACGUGAAAGUAGUGUCAAUCAGGGACAAGAUACUUCAAGUGUUUAUGAACCUUUAAACGAUGCAGGAAGACCACCAUCAAUUUAUGAACCUUUGAAUGUAAAUACCUUAUCAAGAAGUUGAGAAAUAAUUUAAACGCUAUUGUUGGUGAACAUUAGUUACUGGAUCUCAUAAAAUUGAAUGACAUACACACUAUAAUACUCUUGUUAUGAAUCUCUAAAAGAUGCCGGGAGACCAGCCGUCAAUUUAUUAACCUUGCAAUGUAAAUACCUUAUCAAGAAGAUGAGAGACAGCUGAAAUCUGUGGCGAAUAAACGUUUUAAUAGAUCUCAUUUCAUUGAACGACAUGCACACUUUGAUAUAUUGCAUGUUAUUACUAUUGAUAUAGUCUUACUGUCUACCAAGAGUCUCUAUUCACGUAAGCCACCAUGAUGACUUCCACAGAGUAAUGAAAAUUAGCCCMGGAAGCGAGCUGAAUAAACUGUAAAUAUAGAGGUGGAUCUACUUAUACUACAGCUUYGAGAUCUUAYUUGUGCAGCCUUAACCUCGAAAGCAUGUGARCAUAUUCUUUUAUUCAGCAGAUAAUCUAUUGUAAUGCAAACACACUGUGUACAAAGAACAUAAUAAAGACCGAUUUAGACGACACAACUUUUGCUUACAACCAUCGCAUGYAGCCUGCGUACACUGUAGUCAUCCCUACAACAUGGCUACAACUGCCGUAGGGUUAUUAAGCAAUUGUUUAAAAUCCCUACAAGAGUUGWAGCCAUGUUGUAAGGAUGRCUCACGCAGAUURCAUGCGAUGGUGGUGGUUGUAGCCAAAAGUCGUGCCGUCUAAAUCGGCCUUAAGAAAAAAUCAUGCUUGAUUAAGGUAAGGUAAAGCUCGCAAAAAAGAGAAUUCGAAACUGGAGUAUUCUUCACAUUCUUAGGAUCUGUAAAUUUUGUAACUGAUGAAUUUUUCAUCUUUUUGCUUUAAUAAAAAAACUAAGAAGAAGAAAAA